GCCCACCUUUGUUCUUUUUAAUAACAGUAUAUAGGUGCGUGUUUAAUCUGGGGGUAGAAAGCGAGAAGAAGCGGCACAUCUCGGCUUUUAAAAAAAGUGACCAUGGGAAAGAUCGAGUGGGCAAUGUGGGCUAAUGAACAAGCCCUGGCGGCUGGACUCAUUUACCUAACCGGUGGCAUCGUAGGAGUGGCAGGUCAAUUCAGAGACUGGGAGUUCGCCGCAUAUGGGAUAGCUGCCGGUGUGUUCGUGUGCCUGCUGGAGUAUCCACGGAGCAGGAGAGCCAAAGGAACCAGUGUUGAGAGAACCGGUCAGUAUUGCUUCACGGUAUGUGUAAAGGCUUUCGGGCCCCUGACUCGAAAUUACUACGUUAGAGCGAUCCUUCAUGCGGCGCUCAGUGUCCCUGGAGGUUUCAUGCUCGCUACGGUUCUAGGCUGCGUGUGUCUCGGCAUAGCCAGCCUCAUCUACCUGUCGGCUGCCAUUCAUGGCGAACAGUGGGAACCCAUUUUGCCGAAGGCGGAACCCACCAAACGUGUCGCUCCUAGCAUCAAGCAGCCCCCUCAGAACCCCCCGCCACGCCCUCCUCCAGAGAUGCGCAGGAAGAGAACAGACGACCUCGAGGCUGCAUCUUACGUCAAUCCUGUAUCUGUGACUGCCGACGAACAAUGAAUGGCCAAAUCCCUCCAUUGUAAGGAUUCUAAUUCAGCUGCCAUGCUGAGAGAGAGGACUGAGUAGCGACUGUACAAACGAAACAGGAGUACACACACACACACACACACACCUACCUUCAGAAUCACAUGAAUGACGUUUAAAGAGACGUUUUACAGUCUUUGUGUCAAGUUACUGUUUAUUUUACAAGUGUUUGCGAGAUAUUUUACAAGAAGGUGGUUACACACACACACUGAUCAUUCUGCUUCUAUUGCACUAUGAAGAAGAUUUCUACAUAUAGCUUUGUACGGCUGAGUGCAAAAGUUUGUGCACCCUUUUCUUCAAAAUCAUGAGAAGACAUUUAAUUAGGAUAAAGUUAGGAUCUUUACAGAUAUACCAAGUCACAACAUGAACCAAGCGUGUAUAGGAUCAUGAGAUAAUGGUUCUGAAUCCUGUCUACUUUUAUUUCCUUCGCCUUUAGAUGUUUUGUGAGACUAAACUGCUCCAGUCUUUGACGCCGUUGGAACGUUUUUAUCAAUCAUAAACACUUUAAUGAGCCAAAUAAGAGAAGUUUUGAGACUUUUAAUACAGAUAACAGACUAUCCUAUUAUCAUUUCCUGUGAUUUUGGAAAAGUCUGAUUUCUGUCUGUUUUUCUUUAGUAAACUGUUUGUUUUUCUAUCCCGAAACCAAGGAGGUAAAGAUUUUUGCACUCAGUUGUACAUUGUAUAUUUAAGUAUUAUUGUUCACUGGAAAAAAAACCCCUGUGUACUCAUGUUCUACUGGAUGAUUUUUAUUAUAUUAUUUUAGCUCAUUCCGAAGGUGUGUAUGAAGAGUAAAAUCACCAAAAGGGCUGAAAUCGGGGAUGAAGAAAGCCCAUUAAUAAUCUGAUAUGUAUGUGCUUGCUGAUGUGUAAUCAUUCUGUCAGUGUAUAUUACAUUAUCACAAAGUAUUGUAUAUUUUUAUUACCUACACUGUUCCAUAGAACAAACCACAGGUGUUAAUUAAUAGCCUGGUCAUUUGAAAUAUCUGGACGAACAAAUGUUUUUUGUCUGAGCUUUGUUACAACUUUGUUUUGAGUGAUAAUAAAUAUUUAAUGCGCAUCA